ACCUAGUGCCGAGGCUGAUCGCGACAUUUCGCCCCGCGGGCGUCAUGGCGUUGCACUCCAACUCGGCUUCUAACACACAGAGCGAGUCCUCUUUUGCGUGGAGAAGGCGAGUAUUCAAACUAGUGCGCAGACAGCAGAGCAAUUGCAUCGCCACAUAACGAAAGGCGGGCUUUUGGCAAAGGCGCCCAAAGCUUCAGGGCUCCGCGCACAUCUGCGGCCUGCAAUGAUCACUAUAGCUAUCGCCCUGUCCCGUCCAGCGUGGGGAUUCGACAACACGCGGCCUGGUCCAACGUCCAACAACACACUACCAGCCCCUUACCUUUUCCUUUGCGUUGAGUUGCGCCGCAUAUGAGACUGCUUGUUCGGCUGUUUGUCUGCCAACGCUCGGCCUCGCUUUUGCGUACCUCCAGUUUGCAAUCACGAUUGAGAGACACGUCACUAAUCACAAUCGUGCCGCAAAGUACUAAGACUUCUAAAAUACUCUAUCGACGCCAUUGCCGUCUGUACUCUACCCACGAGGAGUGCAUCUUCGAAGUUUCGUUCGCCGAACCGCAGAACGAAGACGACGAGCUUCACGAAGAGCUUGACGAUAUGGAAGGCGCAAAGUCGGCGACGUCUAGCACGUCGAGCGGGAAACGGAAGAGGAGUGCCGGGCCUGUCUUCUAUGCUGUCAGGGUUGGUCGAACGCCCGGAGUAUACUACAGCUGGCCUGACUGCGAGGCCCAGAUCAAGGGCAUGAAGGCCGAAUACAAGAGGUGUGAUUCCCUUACCGAGGCAGAGGCAUUUGUCAAAAGCACGCACAAGUCAACACCGAAGCCCGGGAAGAACAAGUACUACGGAGUCGCUAUUGGACACUUCCCUGGCGUAUACAUUGACUGGCCUUCGACACAAGCACAGAUCAAGGGUUGCAGUGGAGGUCUUCAGCAGAGCUUUACAACGCAUGAAGAAGCUCGGGCCUUCGUCGACGAGCACCGGCGUGACCACAGUGUACCCAUCAGCUUGCGCGGCGAUCUGUCUGAGGCAUCUUCUGCAGCCGGCCAAGGCUGCAAGGUCAGCGACACCGUCUCGAAGAAGCAGAAGAAAAGCAGCGGUCUCGCGGCCGCCGUGGCCACCAACGGCGACAUCCAAUACGAGCCUGGCAUGGGUCCAUUACCAGAAGGUGCUGAAGACGGCUUCGAUCGUACGCUGAAGAUGGAUCUCGAAAGUGGUGCCAUUAGGCACAAGACUAAGGCGGAGCUGGGUGCUACAAAGAUGCAGCCAACUGGCGACUUCACAGGUCAGAUUGUCGUCUACACCGAUGGCAGCUCCCUCGGUAAUGGCCAAAGUGGAGCUGUUGCCGGUGUAGGCGUCUACUUUGGGGCCAACGACAAGAGAAACGUUUCUGAACCCCUGCGAGGAUCCAAGCAAACAAAUCAGCGUGCUGAGUUAACGGCUGUCGCUCGAGCGCUCGAUCAUGUACCCAUCGAUCGAGACGUUCUGAUCGUCACCGACUCAUACUAUGCCAUUCGCUGUAUCACAGAGUGGUCACCGAAAUGGCUGAAGAAUGGCUGGAAGAACUCGGUGGGGAAGGACGUCGAGAACAGAGACCUUGUGGAGCCCAUCGUAUCUCGAGUCUGCGAGCGAGAAGCAUGCAAGGCGAAGACCAAGUUCCAGUGGAUCAAGGGGCACGCCAACGACCCGGGUAAUGUCGCUGCUGAUGAGCUUGCUGUUCAAGGAUCGAGAUCAAGUACGCCGCAGUUGAGGGGCGAGAUUGAAUUCUCCACAACUCUGACGAGCCCGAUCAAGACUAAAGAAGAGUGGGAUCAGAUCAAGAAGCAGGAGCGAGAAGAGAAGGAGGCGGAUGACAUCUUCGACAAUGUGUCUGCCGAGCAGUUCAUGAACCAGACUUCGUCGUAUUUCACAGCUGUAAACACACCAGCUCAUAUUUCGACCGAAGCGAACUCGGCUCCAUCACGGCCAAAUGGUAUCCCUGCAGGGUCUAGCGAAACAGCCUCAAACGGUACGUUAUGAGCAAUCGAUCUUUAGGAGCUAUGCGAAUACAUCUCCGCGAUUAUUUGUAACCCUUUCGCCGCGGCGAACUGUACGAAUUGACGUGAUUUUAUUUGCAGCAAACAGACAGGACUCCAUCGAAUCGCCGAACAUGUGGGGUACAACGGCAUUGCACCUUCGAACCCCUGUAUGACGACCCCAGAUUUCGUGCGUCACUGCCGGACAGGGAUAAGCCGAGGCAUUGCGAUCACCCAAACAGGCAGUACGUCCUGUCUCCGAUUCCAAGUUAGUCGAACCAUCCACAUGAUGUUCAAUAGGCAUGUGCAUCGUGUGAUUGAAUACCAGCUGCCAGGUCCACUAUACAGCUUAGAAUAGUUGCUUGAACGAGUCAUUUCACCG